UACUUGCUGCUAGUUGCAUUGGGAGACUUGACCUCCUUUUCUAAAUAAAUUUAGAUAUGUUUUUACAAUCACAUUUUUAUUAAACUGUGACCAUGUAGAUUUAGAUCAUUAGUUUUAUCAACCCUGUUUCAAUAUCAAUGGAGUAUAUGUUCUUUCUUCGAGGACAAGUCGUAAUCAAUCAGAAGUUUAACAGUGAAUGUAGAAUAAAUUCCAACGUUUUAAUUUCAAAGGAAAACCCAGUUGAGUGUGGUGAAUUUGAGAAUUACAAUGUUUGUCCAGUAUAGUGGGCAUAUUAUUAUAUGGAUGUUUAUGCCAAGAACUUAGAUGAAUCUUACAGAUACAGAUCUAGAUCUAGUUCUUUGUAUUUAAAAUCGAAUCACAACGAUUCACAACUCUUUGUUACACUGGUUUGAUUUCUACAGAGCUUUUAGUUUAGUAGAGAUGAUCAUUGUUUUCCAACAACACAGCAUUCACAUUCCACUCCAGUUCACUGUUGUUUCGGAAUUCUAUUUCCAUUCAUUCAACAUGAUGGCGAUGUAUACAUUAUGAUGUUGUUAGUUUGUUUUGACGUGCAUUAUAAAAAUGCCACGGUGGGUCACUAUUCUAGAUCCUGAGGAAACGCAUAGAUAUCAAUAGGGAUACUAGAUCUAGAAUCUACCUGUUUUUCUUGAAGGAUCACACAGAUGAGAUCAAUAUGAAAAACAGACACAUUAUUUUGAUUUUUUUGUUCUAUUUGGAGUUAUUAACACAAAACUGGGGUGUUACUGGUCAAUUUUGUAUUGAUGAAGCAGCUAUCCAGGAGAACCCAAAAGAUGGAGUUUGUGGCAGCAUAGACAUACGAACAUCAAUUUCGAAUUUCAGAAAGUUGGAAAACUGCACUGUAAUUGAAGGAUAUUUGCACAUAAAUUUGAUCAAUGGCGUUGCCACACCAAAUGAUUAUAAAGGAUUUAGCUUUCCUGCUUUAAGAGAAAUUACAGAAUACCUAUUGCUUUAUCGUGCUUAUGGUCUUACAACACUUCGACAUCUUUUUCCAAAUUUGGCUGUUAUAAAAGGACAUAAAUUAUUCAACAAUUAUGCCCUAAUUUCCUACGAGAUGCCUGAUUUGGUGGAAUUAGGCUUGAUAAAUCUUCGUACUAUAAGCCGUGGUGGCGUGAGGCUUUCUAAAAAUGGAAAGCUUUGCUACAUAGAUACAGUUGAUUGGUCAAAAAUAACAGAUCCCUCCAGUAUCUUGGAUAUAAAAGCAAACGCCCCACCGAUGCAGUGUCCUAAUUACUGUGGACCAGAUUGUAAAAGUACAAAAUAUAAUGGCGUGGAAGCUAAACGUUGCUGGACCAACGACUCAUGUCAAAAAGGCAUCAGUUGUCAUUGCAAAGGUAACCAAACAUGUAUGGAUGACGGUACAUGUUGUCAUGAGUACUGUCUUGGCGGAUGCACUGGUCCAAAUGUUGAAGAUUGUUAUAGCUGCAGAGAUGUCAUUUAUCAAGGCAAAUGUCAGCCCACUUGUCCUCCUAAUACCUAUUUGUUUUAUCAUAGGAGAUGUCUCACUGAUAAAGAAUGCUUAGAGUUGAAAAUCGGAGCAAAACCAAGAUUACUAGUUGGAGAAAAUGGAAAAUCCAACUUAUGUGUGAUUGAAUGUCCUGAUAAAUAUACAGCCGAUAAAAAUUCAAGUUCUCGAUUCUGUGUUAAAUGUGAUGGUCCCUGCCCAAAAGAGUGUCUUGGUAAAGAUAUCAGCAGUAUUCAAGAUGCUCAAAUGCUACAUGGUUGCAGCAAGAUUAUUGGAACUCUGUCUAUACAAAUAAUGAACAGCAAUCAAAUAGCCAAAGAAUUGGAGAAGAAUUUGGGUUCCAUUAGAGAGAUCACACAGAACCUUAUUAUAAAACGAUCAUAUGCUCUCACAUCUUUGUACUUCUUUAAAAAUUUGGAAGUUAUUGGCAGUGAUAGCUGGAUAUCAAAAACAGUUUUGCUUGUACAAGAUAACUACAACCUGCAAGAAUUGUUUCCUGAGGAACAAGCAAAGAAAAUGCGAUUAAAAGCUAAUUGUACCGGCUGCCCACUCACAUAUUUCCAGAAUAAUAGAAAGCUGUGUCCUAAAGAGAUAAUGGAAUUUGUGGGAUUCUUAGGCCUAAAUUUUACUGAAAAAGAUGUUAGCUCUAACAAUGGCGAUGCUCGACCUUGUGUGGAACAUAUCUUCAACGUAACCACAGCUAAUAUACAACACAACAGUGUAGUUCUGCAAUGGUUAAAAGAUACUGGGGAUACAAGACAAUUGCUUACCUACAUAGUCAGCUUUAAAGAAGUCACCCCGGAAGAGUUGGAAGACACCAUCAAUAUUCAUCAAGGUCGUGAUGCUUGUUCAGAUGAUGUAUGGUUAACUAGAGAAGUCUUGCCCAGUGAGGGUCCUGAUACUAUACAAUUGGCUUUCAUUCGUUUGUUGAAGCCAUUCACAACCUAUGCUGUUUAUGUACAGUCAUAUACCCUUGCCAGUGCUGCACGAACUUCAAUGAGCAAUGUUCUCAUUUUUUCAACUUUGCCAUAUUAUCCCUCUGUGCCAAGAGAGUUGGUGGUGACAUCAAAUGAUCCCCAUGAGCUACAUGUAACAUGGAAACCACCCCUCACACCUAAUGGAAAUGUAACCUUCUAUAAAGUGUUCUAUAGCAAGCAGCCACUGGAUCCGCAACCAUAUGAAAUAAGAGAUUAUUGUGAAUACCCCAUUGUUGUCACAAACACUCCUGAAAAUUUGGAAUAUAAAAAAGUGGAGAAAAGCAUUAAUUAUUCAUCAGAAUGUUGUGCCUGUCCAAAAUCAAAAGACCAGAUUGAAUCUGAAACAAGAAAACGGGAGAUAGAGAUAUACUUUGAGAAUUAUUUACAUACACACAUUUAUUGUAAAAGUAACAGUUUCAACAGCCUGUCUAGUGACCUUCAUAUUGAGCUUGACCAAAUUUCAUUGGAAGCUUAUUCUACCAUGGAUUUGAAUGCCAAGAACACAUCUCCUGACUUAACCUCUGAACUUCCACUUGCCAGAUCUGAAAAUGAAACAAUAACAAUAAAAAAUGAAACAGUUUUCAAUGACUAUAAUGAUAGCAACUUGACUGAAAAUAUGCAAGAAGUAGAAGUGCAUAAUGGUUUAGAAAUUGAUUUGGUUAAUUUGGAACAUUUUAGAGAAUAUACAGUUGAGGUACAAGCUUGCCAAAAAAGCUCACAACCCAAUGUGAUGCUUUGCAGUGAUAAGGCCAUUACACUUAAAAGAACAACAGCUAAUUGGACUGAAGAUCAGAUAGAUGAGUCAACAAUAAAAGUGGUCGUAGCGACUAAUUCAAGCAAAGAUGUAUUAAUUCAAUGGGACCCACCACCUCGACCCAAUGGUGUCAUUAUUAAGUACCACAUUUACUAUAAAAAGGCCAAUCAGGAAAAUCUUGUACCUCUACAAAUGUGUAUCACAAUAACGGAAUAUAAGAUAUAUAAAGGCUACAAAUUAACUGGAUUAGAUGCUGGAAACUGGACCUUCCGAAUAAAUGCAGUUUCACUGGCAGGAAAUAACACCUUUACGAAAGACAAGUUUUUCCUAGUGCCUAGUUCAGCAGAAGAUCAGCCAUUAGGAAUCUGGCCUCAAGUAGUAGUAUCUUUGGUGUUAUUCCUUGUCAUUAUAGUUGUUGUGGCUAUUGCCUGGAUUCUUUACAAACGAAGGGUCAGUAAAUCUGAGAUGACAGUUAUAUCACCAAAUGCUAACUACAUGCCCUCUGAACAAAUGUACAUUGAGGAUGACUGGGAAGUUGAGAGAGAUAAAAUCAAGCUAAUUAAGGAACUUGGACAAGGCUCUUUUGGUAUGGUUUAUGAAGGGGUUGCCACCGGAAUAAAAAAAGAUUGCCCAGAAGAGGAGGUCCGAGUUGCUGUAAAGACUGUCAAUGAUCGGGCCAGUUUCAAUGAUAAAAGAGAAUUUUUGAAAGAAGCAACUAUAAUGAAAGCAUUUGAUUGCCACCAUGUUGUGAAACUCUUAGGAGUUGUUUCCACUGGUCAGCCAGCACUUGUAAUUAUGGAGUUGAUGGCUCUAGGGGAUUUAAAAAAUUUCCUCAGGAAACACAGGCCAGAUGAGGAUAAUGCAGAUGUAAUUCCUCCAAAUUUGGGAGAAAUCUUGCAAAUGGCAGGAGAAAUAGCUGACGGAAUGGCUUAUCUUGCAGAUAACAAAUUUGUUCACAGAGAUCUUGCUGCUCGUAACUGUAUGGUAGCAGAAGACAAGACUGUUAAAAUUGGAGAUUUUGGAAUGACUCGGGACAUAUAUGAGACAGAUUAUUAUAGAAAAGGGGGAAAAGGAAUGUUACCAGUUAGGUGGAUGGCGCCUGAGUCUCUUAAGGAUGGAAUCUUUGAUAUCAAGUCUGAUGUCUGGUCUUAUGGAGUAGUUAUAUGGGAAAUGGUUACACUGGCAGCUCAGCCAUAUCAAGGUCUGUCAAAUGAGGAAGUGGUGAAAUAUAUUUCUGAAUAUAACACAAUGGAUAUGCCAAAUGGAUGUCCUGAAACAAUGGCUAAACUUAUGCAGCUUUGCUGGAGAAAGACACCAAAGCAGAGACCAACAUUCAAGGAAAUAAUUAAAUAUCUAUUUCCUUAUUUAAAACCCAGCUUUGAGAAAGUGUCCUACUAUUCCAAAGAUAAUGCGGCAGUGGCAGAAACAGGUAUAUUCUCCCAGCCAGAUGAAGAUAGUAAUGAUUCCAGCAGUAUUAAUAGUCUGACAUGUGAAGGGGCUGCAGCACCUCGCUUGGGUAGUGCAACAAGAAAUAUGAACAGUUGCUCACCACACCCAAGCACGGCCUCAGUUUCUCAGUAUGAUGAUGAUAUAGACUCACCUGGUUAUAUGGAUGAGGAUUUUGAUGAUGAAGAAUCAGGGAGGAUUAACUAUUUCCCACAGGGAAUGGAAGAUAUAGAUGACUCCAGACAGCCUUUCAUGGCUGAUAACUUUAUACCACCUGUGAAAUGUCGGCAGCCCCUGCUGUCACACCAAGUGGGAAGUGACAACAUGCACAACCCAGGUUUAAUGGAGCUUCAGCCGUUGAUCACCAAGGAUAAAUCUUUACAUCCUGUAUCACCACGACUCAGCUCUUUACCAUUGACAAGUUCUGCUUCAUCAGAGUAUUUACCUUACCAACCACCAACACUCCCUACACACAGUGUUACUGAUUCACACCAUAAUUCUUUAACUAACGCUGACCCUUUAAAUUCAGGAUUACAGUGUGAUAGCUCAAACAGCCCAUCAUGGGCAACACCUCAACCUUUGUUCUCUGCGAGACAAUCACCUGCAUCAACAAUAUCAAGGCCCACUUUAAGGCUACCGUACUUGAUCCAACCUCCAAUAGUUGGACACCAUCGGGCUCCUCCAUAUAAUUCAAUGGACAACAAUAACCAUAGUACUAGAAACAAUCAGCCAAACUCUAAUGACCAACCUGCAGCACUCCCAGCCAACUUGGACCUCGUUCAUAUUGAAGAAGGACUUAGUAGAAUGGAAGAAACAAGUCUGACUUUGCCUGAAACAUACUCCCCACCUCCCAAUGCAAUAGCUAGUAGUUCUAGUGAUGGUAGCAAGGAAAGCACAAAAAGUUCUGGAAGCCAUUCACUCAUAAAUGGAUUAACAAAUGGACACAUAUCUUUGCCUGCAAUAAGACAUCGGACAGCACCAUGCUAGCUGGUCAUUCGGGAUGUUUGCAUAGUUUGGGGAAGGGGAGGUAGCAUAUUGGGGAAUAACACAUGGGGAGGGCUGAUGGGGGAAGAGCACCUAUGUGAUUAACUGAUUGAGUAUAUCUGCCGUAUGAAUGCUUGAUUGCUAAGGGACUGAAUGAUUGCAAAAAUGUUAUUGUAACAAAAUGAAAAUGUUAACUUUCCUAAGUUUUAUGUUGUAAAUUUGUAGUGUAAAAAUGUAUUUUUAUAAUCAUCAAUGCCUUUUUUCACAACACAGUAGGGUGUGAGCACACUGACAUUCUCAUUGGAUUCCUCUUGCUCUACUGAUCUUAUUGAUAUUAUAUCCAUUUUUACAUUACCUCUCAGUGAAAAAAGUCUACUCGUAUAGCUAUAGAUUAUUGUCUAAAUAAUAAAUAAUUUUAUCCACUAAUUGAAAAUAUACUUAUCAAAAUAUACAUUUACAAUUGAUUUAAUAGAAGUCAAGAAUUAUUUUUUAUUUUUUAAGUGGUGUGUUAAAAUGAAAAGCAUAUGAAAAAAUAAUGGUAUUUUAGGUAUAAAACUGAAGAAUUAUCACUUAUUAAACAAAAAUUCUGUAUUUAAAUUUAAACCACUUUAAAAAACUUUUUUUUAAUAAUGGAAGUUACUAGAAAACAUUGAAGCUCAUUACUGCUAACCUUACUAGUUAUGUGUAGACACAAAAGCUAUUUAUUUCUCAUGUUAUAUGGGUACAGCUCCAUGAUUCCCCUGACAGUUUUUUUCAUAUUAAGAUGCUCAUGUAAACAUUUCACCUUCGCUACCACUAUCCAAAUCAAAGGUUUUAUUGUUUUUCUUGUAAAGGAAUUUACUUGUUAAAAUAUGUUCACAUGUAUAUUUUAUAAAUCACUUGUCAGUUAUGCUAAAGAAGAAGUCACAUCAUUUUAUAAAAUCAUGAAGAAUGUUUGUGGUAAGAGCCUUUUGUAAAUGAUUAUUGUGUUAAUGACGACAAAGCGGGUUAAUUGACUGAAAUUCUUGUAUGUUUUAAUUUUAUGUAUUUUCACAUGCAUAUUUUUGGGACAGGUUGAAUAUAUGUAUUCAUCAUUGUUACUAACAUAAAUUUGGCCAAGCAAAAUGAAAAUUGCUUUGGUUAAUAUUUAAUGCUAAGUUAACAAUAAUUUUAUCACUUGUCCUUCAAACUCUUAUUCUUUAGGCUUCAAAAUACUAAAGCAAACAUGAUUAAUCUGUCUCAACUAUGUUGAAUUAUCUGAAUGUGUGGUCCAGUAAGUUGCAGCACACAUCGCCAUACUAUAGUACGAAAUAAUGUAGUAAUGAAUACAGAUAAUGUUCAAAGCAGAAAGCUAUACUGUUUACUUUAUUUACCAGUUAAAAUGAUGUAAGUUGCCAGUUAAUUUUUCAUUAUAACAGAUACUAAUGACACAUAUUACACUUAUUUCUGAUUUGUUAAAGUAAAUUUUUAUUAAACAAAUUUCUAU